CACAGCCUCGGGCGCGAAGCGGCUCGGAAACCCGGCUCGGUUGCGCCCGGCCCCGCCUUUGCAAGGCGCUGCCCACGUUGCCAGGCCUGGAAGGUCUGCGCGCCCGGCACCCGCGCCCCGCCUUCCCUGGGGCUCAGCCCCUCCUCUCCGCGCGAACUCCCCCGGUGUCAGAGGCAGCGCCGAUCGCCGGCCUGCUCGCUCCGAGACUCUCAGCCCAUCAUGAGGCUUUCCGCGCUGUGCCGCUGGGCACGGAGACCGGCCACGCCGGCGGUCAGCGGGGCGGCUAGAGAAAGCGGCGGCGCUCAAAAGCUGCUCAGCGCCGGCAAAGGCUGCCCCGCGCUCUUGCCUCACCGAGGGAUACGCAGCACUUGGGGCUACCUGGCGAAGCUAAAGAUUGCCCAAGGCGGCGGGCGGUUGCAGGGCUUGCUGGCCAGAGAAGUAAUUGAAAGCUCUAAGAAAGCCCUGCGUUUAUUGCAAACAGAACAUCCUGCUUUUAAGCCGACACUUUCCAUAGUUCAGGUUGGGGAUGAUGAUUUGGGGCAAGAUGUGAGAAACUUUGCUGAAGAGAUUGGCCUGAAUAUUGUACAUAGCUGUCUCCCUCAUGAUUACACCGAAAGUGAGAUUGCUGAUGAAAUCAUAAAACUCAAUGAGGAUCAUAACAUUCAUGUGCUUUUAGCCAUACAUUUUAACAAGUCAUAUACAAGCAGAAUAUUGAACAUUGUGAAACCAGAGAAAGAUGUGAAUGGAGUAACAGAUGUUAACUUGGGAAGAUUAGUGCAUGGAGACAUGAAUGAAUGUGUCAUUCCUCCCUUUGCUAGUGCAGUGAUCCAGCUUCUGGAAAAACUAGCAAAUACUUCUCUAGAUGAGAAAAAGGUGUUACUCUUAGGAGUUGAAGGACCCCUAGAAGUCUCUUUGCAGUGCCUUCUUCAAAGAAAAGGAGUCAUGACCAUGAGCUGCCCUUGGAAAAUGAAACAACUUCAGGCUACGCUUCAUGAUGCUGAUGUAGUAAUAGUAGGCAGUACCAAACCCAAAGAGAUUCCAGUUACAUGGAUGUCUGAGAUGACUGCUGUGAAUUGUUCACGUGACUUUCUAGAUGGAUGGUAUAGUUACGAUGAACAGCCUCUAAAAGACAGUGACCAGAUUCCUGGUGAAGUUGUAGAUCAACUGGCAAUGGCAAUAUUCCUGCAGAAUUUGGUGAAAAUAAGUGAGAGAUGGAUACAUGCCCAACAGUGCAAGAAAUGGAAUCUCCGUUGCUUGAAACUUCAACCCUGCUCUCCUGUUCCCAGUGAUAUUGAGAUUUCCCGAGGACAGAAUCCCAAAGCCGUUGAUGUUCUAGCCAGGGAGAUAGGAUUGCUCGCAAACGAAAUUGAAAUCUAUGGCCAGACCAAAGCCAAAGUACGCCUGUCCCUGCUGGAAAGGUUAAAGGAUCAGCCAGAUGGGAACUAUGUGCUGGUUGCAGGGAUUACACCAACUCCUCUUGGAGAAGGGAAAAGCACUGUGACCAUUGGUCUGGUUCAAGCUCUAACAGCCCACCUUAAAGUAAAUUCUUUUGCCUGCCUGAGGCAGCCUUCACAGGGACCCACCUUUGGUGUUAAAGGUGGUGCAGCUGGGGGUGGAUAUGCUCAAGUCAUACCAAUGGAAGAGUUCAACCUUCACUUAACUGGAGAUAUUCAUGCCAUCACUGCAGCAAACAAUUUGCUGGCUGCUGCUAUUGAUGCUAGGAUUUUGCAUGAAAACACUCAGUCUGAUAAGGCCUUGUAUAAUAGAUUGGUUCCAUUAAUUCAUGGAGUGAGGAAAUUUUCAGCUAUACAGCUUGCACGCAUGAAACGACUGGGAAUAAAUAAAACAGAUCCUGAGACUUUAACAUCAGAGGAGAUUCACAAAUUUGUACGACUUGACAUAGACCCAUCUACAAUAACAUGGCAAAGAGUGCUGGAUACAAAUGACAGAUUUCUUAGGAAAAUAACAAUUGGACAGAGCAGUACAGAGAAGGGUUUUUCUCGUCCGGCUCAAUUUGAUAUUGCUGUUGCAAGUGAAAUCAUGGCAGUCUUAGCACUGACCACCAGUCUGUCAGAUAUGAAAGAGAGACUGGGGAAGAUCGUAGUUGCAAACAACAAAAACGGGCAACCAGUGACAGCUGAGGAUUUGGGAGUAACUGGUGCUUUGUCAGUUUUGAUGAAGGAUGCAAUUAAACCAACACUGAUGCAGACAUUAGAGGGUACUCCAGUUUUUGUGCAUGCUGGACCUUUUGCAAAUAUUGCUCAUGGUAAUUCUUCAGUUUUGGCAGACAAAAUUGCCCUUAAAUUAGUGGGCAAAGAUGGAUUUGUAGUGACUGAAGCCGGUUUUGGUGCUGAUAUUGGGAUGGAGAAAUUCUUCAACAUCAAAUGCAGAGCUUCUGGCUUGAUUCCCAGUGUUGUUGUGCUCGUUGCUACAGUGAGAGCACUGAAGAUGCAUGGAGGUGGGCCAAACGUAAUAGCUGGUGCCCCUCUUAAGAGAGAAUACACAGAAGAGAAUCUCAAGUUGGUAUCUGAUGGCUGCAAUAAUUUACGAAAACAGAUUGAAAUAGCACAGCUGUUUGGUGUUCCUGUUGUGGUUGCUUUAAAUGUUUUCAGGACGGAUUCUCCUGCUGAGAUUGAUUUGGUCUGUGAGAUUGCCAAGCAGUCUGGAGCCUCUGAUGCAGUACCUUGCAAUCAUUGGUCUGAUGGAGGCAGAGGAGCUGUGGAAUUGGCUCAGGCUGUAAGAAGAACUGCUGCUAAUCAGCAAAAUACAUUCAGAUAUCUGUAUGACCUGGAGCUUCCAGUUGUAGAAAAAAUAAGGAUCAUAGCACAGAACGUUUACGGAGCUCAAGAUAUAGAGUUGUCACCAGUAGCACAGUCUCAAAUAGAUCGUUAUACCGAACAGGGAUUUGGAAAUCUUCCAAUCUGCAUGGCAAAAACUCACCUGUCUCUCUCACACAUGCCUGAAAGAAAAGGCGUUCCAACAGGCUUCAUCCUGCCUAUUAGCAAUGUGAGGGCCAGUAUCGGGGCUGGUUUUAUUUGUCCUCUAGUUGGAACAAUGAGCACUAUGCCAGGAUUGCCUACAAGGCCUUGCUUCUAUGAUAUUGACCUCGACCCUGAAACAGAAAAAGUCAAAGGGUUGUUUUGAGCGCACUCCGAGUCAGACUUCUGAAAAUAUAAAGUGCAGCUUCCAUGUUUCCUGAAGGACAAGAUAAGCAUGAAUUUGAAGAACGCCUAUAAUGUGUCUCUGGAAGAAUUCUGGGAUAGACCAAAGCACAAGAAUAAGUCCUUUGCUAGGAUCUUUUUAUAGCAAAAAUAAAUAUCUAAAUGUCUAAACCCUGCCCCCCUCAAAAGUCAGUACAAACUGAUUUAUUCUAAAAUGUAUUUUACAAUUGUAUUUUGCAAUACAAUUGUCUACACAUUUGAUUGUUUACUGGAGGGAAGCACUAGCAACAAACUAAAACUGUUUGCACUCUUAAUUUUUUCUGUUCCCUUCGUCAGCUGGGGGAAUCAAACUGUAUCCCUUGCUUGAGGCUGCCAGAUAAACAAGCACCGUCAAGCAGCAUUAAAAGGCACAGGACUGCUUCUAGCACUCAGAUGCUGAAGCCUCACACAAUAUGUCUGAAUGAUCAGCCAGUGUAACCUUGGACACUGCUGGGGAAGGGGAGGUGUUCAAAUUUGGGGCCUGGGGAAACAAUCCAGGAAUUCUAUAAAAGUUAGAAACAGAGUGGUUCCCCCUCUGUGGCUAAACAGCUGUGUAGCGCUUAUAUUUCAUGCAUCUCCAAAUAUCAUGCCCUGCCAAAGGAGUCUGAGUUACUAGGCCUAUGGUGCUUUGAGCCAUUGUGAGUGACUCCAUUAGAAAUCCCAAAUGUCAACAAGCCUUCUUUCUUUCUUCAGAGUCAAUAGAAUUAAGCAAACUUUAUCUUCAAGUCUCCGCCCACUAAAGGGUUAAUGCUUGGUUUCUGACUGAGAGCAAUUUUGCCCUUUUUUGGGUAGUCCUUUAACUUGCACAUAGGAGAAUGGAUGUAAUCUAGUGCACAGAUGUGUUUAUUUCAGUGCUUCGUACUGACUAUGGCAAUGUAGCCUUAAUAAGAAGGCCCAAACACUGAUUUUGAUUAAUGAAAGUGUGUGGGGUGGGGGUGAGGGGGAUUGAGGCCAGUCCUGCUAUUUGGUAAUUGGUUAUCAAAACAUUUUACUUUGGAUUGUUAUAAUUGCCAGUCACAAAACACAUCCAUUUUUCCCUGAAUUAACGUAAAGUUCCCAUUAAUAGAGAAAUUGUUAUAGAACUUCAAAUCUCACUAAACCAGCAUGGUGUAAUGGUUAAGAGCAGGUGGACUGUAAUCAGGAGAACUGGUUUUUUCCACACUCUUUUACAUGAGCAAAAGACUCUUAUCUGGUGAACUGGAUUUGUUUCCCUGCUCCUACACAUGAACCCUGCUAGGUGACCUUGGGCUACUCACAGUUUGUUCAGAACUCUCUCAGCCCCACCUACCUCACAAAGUGUCUCUUGUGGGGAGAGGAAGAGAAAGAGUUUAUAAGUCUUGUCAAAGGCUUUUACAGCCGGAAUCACUGGGGUGCUGUGUGGUUUCCGGGCUGUAUGCAAACCAUACAGCAGAACACAUAGCAAUAGCAGAACACAUAAUAAACCAACCUGGACACAGAAUAUUAUUUGAAAACACAGAAAUUCUGGACCACUCUGACAACCACUACGUCAGACUGCACAGAGAAGCCAUUGAA